GGAAGUGAUUUGCCCAGGAUCACGCAGCUGCUAAUUAACCAGGGCCAAGAUGGGAACUGGGUAUAUCUGAUUUCAGCAACUGUGCUCCUAACCCUUACUUACUCCUUUGAUUAUAAUCAUUGACAGCUCCCAGUUUAAUCCCAGGGUUGACACUGGACAUGCCUGAUCUCAUUUACUUCUUCCUGCAAACGUAUGAAAAAAGCUACUAUAUUGUACCCAUUUUACAAAUGAGGAAACUGAGGCUCAGGUAGCUAAGGUCACUUUCUCAAGGUCAUGCUGCACAUAAAUAGCAGAGCUGGGGUUAGAACCCAGGCCUGGAAGACUCUAAAAUCUAGGCUCUCCCUACCCUCUGGUGCCUAGAAGGGGGUCUGUCCCCGGCAGGAGCUCUGCCCCUCUGUGUGCCCUGCUGCACCUGCCGAGAGAGGCCUCUUGCAGUGCCCUAGCCUUCCCUCCUGGCAGCCACAAAACAAACAAGGUGGGAACCAAUCUUUAUUUGUUUUUCUGCUAAUGUGUGGGGAUGGAGAGAUAUAGAAAAGAGGGCUUUCCAGACAUUUUCCUGCAGCCCGGGUGGGAUGGUAGGAGUUCCAGGAAACUUGCCCUUGGUGUCUAGCCCUCCCAGUGGCGUGCUGCAGAGGGCAGGGGGCUGACAGCCAGCAGGGCCUUGUCCCUCCCUUGCCCUUCUCCUGGCUAAAAGUUGGGCCUGGGAGCCAGAGAGAACUGGGUUGAAGUCCAACUCUUCUUACAAGCUAUGUGACUUCCCCUCUUUUUAUUUAUUUAUUUAUUUUUUGCUAUACGCGGGCCUCUCACUGCUGUGGCCUCUCCCGUUGCGGAGCACAGGCUCCGGACGCGCAGGCCCAGCGGCCAUGGCUCACGGGCCCAGCCGCUCCGCGGCAUGUGGGAUGCUCCCGGACCGGGGCACGAACCCGCGUCCCCUGCAUCGGCAGGCGGACUCCCAACCACUGCGCCACCAGGGAAGCCCAUGACUUCCCCUCUUAAAGCUCCAUUUUCCUCAUCUGACAAAUGGGAACAAAUAAUACCUUUGUCAUCAGGUCGUGUGUCCCUGGGGCACCCUUCUAGGUGUCAGGGACACAGGAGUGAACGAAACAGAUGCAUUCCCUAUCUUCUGGUGCUCACAGCUCAGGAAUUAACGAAUCUCAUGAACAAAUGGUCAGGGAGGGCUUCCCAGAGGAAUGGACAUGAGCUGGGAUCGCAGGUGGGCAGGAGUUAACCAGGCAAAGAGGGGAGGGAAGGGGUCAGCGCUUGGCACUGGGGAGCAGAGUGUGUGCACUGUGGGAAGUUAACUAAAUUCUCAGAACCUGGGUUUCCUGUUCUGUGAAAUGGGGUCAUAAUGACGGUGCUGGGAACUUGAGGGCUACUGACUCCCACAGUGGGUUCGUGAGUAUCUCUGAGCACCUAGUGUCCCUGAAGCAUAGAUGUGGUGGUUCUGUUUUAGUAGGUGCUUACGGUGUGGCAGGCGCGGCACUGGCCGCUGGAACACGUGCUCUCUGCUUCAGCAUCCCCAUUUCACAGGUGAGGAAACCGAGGCUGUGACCCAUCCACUUUCGCAUCACAUGGUUGCUAAAUGUGGAGCUUGGAACUUGAAUCCUGCUCUGGGGGCCCCGAAGCUGGCUUGGUUGGCCAGGAGUAGGCCCCAGGCUCCAGAUCUGGGGACCCAGUGUGACUCUGAUGCCCUUUCUCCUCCAGCUAACAUCCAGGGUAGCUGGACCUGAGGCAGACUCAUGUUUCCAGGUCCCUGAAAGAGGCUCUGUUGCAGCUCCUGCCGGGGGCUGGCGGCCAACCACAUCUGGGAGUGGCCACCCUGAACCCCUGUCAUUACAACGGUGGCUUUGAAGAAGCUGGCAGCAGUGCUGUUUGCCCACGUGGGAGGGGGCUUCCUGGAGCCGGCCUGACUCCCCUCCUGUUCCCUUACAGGCAGAGCAGUGCAGACAGGUCCAGGGGCAGCAUGGCGGAUCCCAGCGAAGGCCCCCGCGCGGGGCCUGGGGAGGUAGCUGAGCCCCCCGGGGAUGAGAGUGGCAUCCCCAGUGGGGAGGCCUUCCCCCUCUCUUCGCUGGCCAACCUGUUCGAGGGGGAGGACGGCUCCCCGUCGCCCUCUCCGGCUGACAGUGGUCGCCCCGCCGGCCCAGGCGAUGGGCGACCAAACCUGCGCAUGAAGUUCCAGGGCGCCUUCCGCAAGGGGGUGCCCAACCCCAUCGACCUGCUGGAGUCCACCUUGUAUGAGUCCUCAGUGGUGCCUGGGCCCAAGAAGGCGCCCAUGGACUCGCUCUUUGACUAUGGCACCUAUCGCCAGCACCCCAGUGACAAGCGGUGGAGGAGGAAGGUCAUAGAGAAGCAGCCACAGAGCUCCAAAGCUCCCACGCCCCAGCCGCCUCCCAUACUCAAAGUCUUCAACCGGCCUAUCCUCUUUGACAUCGUGUCUCGGGGCUCCACCGCUGACCUGGACGGGCUGCUCCCCUUCUUGCAGACCCACAAGAAGCGGCUGACUGAUGAGGAGUUCCGGGAGCCAUCCACGGGGAAGACCUGCCUGCCCAAAGCCCUGCUGAAUCUGAGCAACGGCCGCAACGACACAAUCCCUGUGCUUCUGGACAUCGCUGAGCGCACAGGCAACAUGCGUGAAUUCAUCAACUCGCCCUUCCGGGACAUCUACUACCGCGGCCAGACCGCCCUGCACAUCGCCAUCGAGCGCCGCUGCAAACACUACGUGGAGCUUCUGGUGGCCCAAGGUGCCGAUGUUCACGCCCAGGCCCGGGGACGCUUCUUCCAGCCCAAGGAUGAGGGAGGCUACUUCUACUUCGGUGAGCUGCCCCUGUCGCUGGCAGCCUGCACCAACCAGCCCCACAUCGUCAACUACCUGACAGAGAACCCGCACAAGAAGGCGGACAUGCGGCGCCAGGACUCCCGUGGCAACACAGUGCUGCACGCACUGGUGGCCAUCGCUGACAACACUCGCGAGAACACCAAGUUCGUCACCAAGAUGUACGACCUGCUGCUGCUCAAGUGUGCCCGCCUCUUCCCCGACAGCAACCUGGAGGCCGUGCUCAACAACGACGGCCUCUCGCCCCUCAUGAUGGCCGCCAAGACGGGCAAGAUUGGGAUCUUUCAGCACAUCAUCCGUCGGGAGGUGACAGACGAGGACACCAGGCAUCUGUCCCGCAAGUUCAAGGACUGGGCCUAUGGGCCAGUGUAUUCCUCGCUCUAUGACCUCUCCUCCCUGGACACGUGUGGGGAAGAGGCCUCUGUGCUGGAGAUCCUGGUGUACAACAGCAAGAUCGAGAAUCGCCACGAGAUGCUGGCCGUGGAACCCAUCAAUGAACUACUUCGGGACAAGUGGCGAAAGUUUGGGGCCGUUUCCUUCUACAUCAACGUGGCCUCCUAUCUGUGCGCCAUGGUCAUCUUUACCCUCACCGCCUACUACCAGCCGCUGGAGGGCACUCCGCCAUACCCUUACCUCACCACGGUGGACUACCUGAGGCUGGCCGGCGAGAUCAUCACGCUCUUCACCGGGGUCCUGUUCUUUUUCACCAACAUCAAAGACUUGUUCAUGAAGAAAUGCCCUGGAGUGAAUUCUCUCUUCAUCGAUGGCUCCUUCCAACUACUCUACUUCAUCUACUCUGUGCUGGUGAUUGUCUCGGCGGCCCUCUACCUGGCGGGGAUUGAGGCCUACCUGGCCGUCAUGGUCUUUGCCUUGGUCCUGGGCUGGAUGAACGCCCUUUACUUCACCCGUGGGCUGAAGCUGACGGGGACCUAUAGCAUCAUGAUCCAGAAGAUCCUCUUCAAAGAUCUUUUCCGCUUCCUGCUGGUCUACUUGCUCUUCAUGAUUGGCUACGCUUCAGCCCUGGUCUCCCUCCUGAACCCGUGUGCCAAUGUGAAGAUGUGCAGCGAGGACCACACCAACUGCACAGUGCCCACGUACCCCUCGUGCCGUGACAGCGAGACCUUCAGCACCUUCCUCCUGGACCUCUUCAAGCUGACCAUCGGCAUGGGCGACCUGGAGAUGCUGAGCAGCACCAAGUACCCCGCGGUCUUCAUCACCCUGCUCGUCACCUACAUCAUCCUCACGUUCGUGCUGCUCCUCAACAUGCUCAUUGCCCUCAUGGGGGAGACGGUGGGCCAGGUGUCCAAGGAGAGCAAGCACAUCUGGAAGCUGCAGUGGGCCACCACCAUUCUGGACAUCGAGCGCUCCUUCCCUGUGUUCCUGAGGAAGGCCUUCCGCUCCGGCGAGAUGGUGACCGUGGGCAAGAGCUCAGACGGCACUCCAGACCGCAGGUGGUGCUUCAGGGUGGAUGAGGUAAACUGGUCUCACUGGAACCAGAACUUGGGCAUCAUUAACGAGGACCCCGGCAAGAACGAGAACUACCAGUAUUACGGCUUCUCGCACACCGUGGGCCGCCUCCGGAGGGAUCGCUGGUCCUCGGUGGUGCCCCGUGUGGUGGAGCUGAACAAGAACUCGAACCUGGACGAGGUGGUGGUGCCUCUGGACAACGUGGGGAACCCCAGCUGUGACGGCCACCAGCAGAGUUAUCCCCCCAGGUGGAGGACUGACGACGCCCCCCUCUAGGGGCUGCAGGCAGGAGUAGGGUCCCUUCCACCGCCCAUUUCUAGUCCACCCGCAUUUCAGCGGCGCCUCCUGGGGUGUCCCCCGCACCCUUGUUCGACCCCCAGAGGUGAGGGCCAGGUGGAGAUGCCGGGGAGGCCCCAGGACCCUCUGGUCCCCAGGCUCCUGCCUCCAGCCCCACCUCCCCACCCAGGCACGAGGCUCCUGGCCGCCUGUCUCACUCCCAUGGAGUCACAUAAGCAACACCAGUUUCUCCGCCCACCAGGGCUCAGACCCUGGCCUCUCCAUUUAUUUAUUUGCUCUGUUCUCAGGAAAGUGGCACAACCUCCACCCCCAACCGGAGCCUGGCAGAGGCCUCAGGCCCCCGACCCAGGUGCACUGCCGCCGGCUAAGCCCCCGGCCCCGCCCCACGCUGUGGCCGCACAGGCCACCCUGGGCUGAAGUAGGGUGGCUUUGCUGAAGGGCCGGGCACUCGGGGUGGGGCUGCGCCUUCUGUGUGUUCUGUAGGGGAUUGU